AUGCCUCCAAAGAAGGCUGCUGCCGCAGAAAAAAAAGUUUUGCUUGGGCGUCCAAGUAAUAACUUGAAGAUCGGUAUCGUCGGUCUUCCGAAUGUCGGAAAAUCGUCUUUCUUUAAUGUUCUAUCCGACACCGAUUUGGGAAAGGCUGCCAACUUUCCAUACGCCACGAUUAACCCAGAAGAAGCGCGUAUCCCUGUGCCGGAUACACGUUUCGAGUGGCUUUGCGAUUUGUACAAGCCCGCCUCGCGCGUACCCGCUUUCCUCACCUGCAUUGAUAUUGCCGGUCUUACCGCGGGUGCAUCAACAGGUGCAGGACUUGGAAAUUCAUUCUUGUCCCACGUCCGCGCUGUCGAUGGUAUUUUCCAAGUGGUCCGUGCUUUCGAUGACGCGGAAGUCAUCCAUGUAGAGGGCGAUGUUGACCCUCUGCGUGAUAUGGAGAUCAUCCAGACCGAGCUUCGCCUGAAAGAUAUUGAAUGGGUUGAGAAGCACCUUGACGGUCUCAAGCGCACUGGUCGAUCGCUUGGCAACAACAGCCUGGCAGAUAAAGCUAAGAAGGAAGAAAUCGGAACAGUUGAGAAAGUCCUUAAGACCCUUACUGUUGAUAACAAGGAUGUCAGGAAGGGCGAAUGGACAAACAAAGAGAUCGAGGUCGUCAACAGCCUUACCCUACUCACCGCCAAGCCCAUCACUUACCUGGUCAAUCUCAGCGAGAAAGACUACAUCCGCAAGAAGAACAAGUGGUUAGCCAAGAUCAAAGGAUGGAUUGACGCACACAAUCCCGGUGACCCCCUCAUACCAUUCUCUGUGGCGCUGGAGGAGCGCCUUGCGCAGCUUCCAGAGGAUGAGCGUGUCGAGGCUCAAAAGGAACCAGGAGCGCAGAGUGCCCUCGGCAAAAUAACGCAAGCGGGGUACUCAAGUCUUGAUCUAAUCCGCUACUUCACGUGUGGACCUGAUGAAGUGCGUGCUUGGACGAUUCGCAAGGGGACAAAGGCACCUCAAGCGGCCGGUGUUAUUCACUCGGACUUUGAGAACAAGUUCGUUUGCGGUGAAAUCAUGACAUAUGAAGACCUCAAGGAACACGGAAGCGACGCUGCAGUCAAGGCUGCAGGUAAACUGAGACAGCAAGGCAAGCCUUAUGAGAUGAUAGACGGGGAUAUUGCUUACUGGAAAUCUGGUUAA